AUGGAUAAAGAAAAUAUUGAUUUUUCAGAUGUUGAAAAAUUUUUAUUAACUCACUAUAUUAAAUGUCCUACUCACAAAAGGUCUGUAAUAUAUUUAAGACUAGAUGAUGAGGAAGAUCCUUAAGUGAUUAAAUGCCAAAAAUGCUUAGAUGAAAAGAAAUAUAAAUGCUUUAUUGAUAUUAUCGAAUUGCUUUAAAGCGAUAAUCACUUUAUUUUUUAGAAAUGGCCAAUUCAUGAUGAUGAUUCAAUCUAUGAAAAGCUUGAAUAAAUUAGGCAAUGGCCAUUUGCUAAAUACUGCCAAGAAAUAAACCUUUUAUUUGAUGAAAUAAUUGAAGCAAUUUAAUCAAAAAGAAAAAGUAUUUUAAAAAAUCUUGGAUUGAUUGAAGAAAUAACAUAAAAACCUUUAAAUUUCUUUAAAGAAAUAUGUUAAAAAGAAAAGUUAAUAGACAUAAUUAAAACAUAAUUUGGUGAUUAAAAAAAACAAAAUGAGAUGAUUUUAAAUAUUAUCAAAUAAAAUCAAGAGAAUUAUGAAAAAAACAAAAAUUUAUUAAUAGAAUUGAUUAAUUAAGCAAAUAAAAACUUAUUUGGUUUAGAUAAAAUUUAAAAUAUUAAGGAAGAAGUGUUGUCAUCAAUAUAAAAAGUAAAUAAUUUUGAUGAUUUAUAAGUAAUAGUUGAUUAGUCUAAUAAUAUAACAAUCGAAAAUUAUGACUAAUGUUUUAAAAAAAUAAAAAUAACUAAAAUUGAAGAAUUGAAUAAAUAUUAUGAUUACUAAAAAAUUAAAAUUGAUUUUAGAGAAUAAUACUUAUCAUUUAUAGACAUUUACAUCAUUUCGUAGUCGUUAAAUAAAUUCAAAAAAAUUAAUGAAUUUUCACUAAGGAUAUCUGGUAAUACAAUUUAUAAUGAAAACGUGUGCUAAAUCAUAAAAGGAUUAUUUAAGUAUUAAACACUCACAAAGUUGAAACUUAAGUUUGGAGAUACAUUUAAUUAUAUUGGAUCUGAAGGAGCUAAAUGUAUUGCACAAUUUAUAAAAUAAAAUAAUAAUUUAGUUAAACUACAUCUCAAUACAAAACUUAAAGAUAUUGAUUAAGAAGGAGCUUCAAGCAUAGCUGAUGCAAUAGAAGCAUGCUAAAAUCUUAAUAAUUUGACUCUUUAUUUUAGAAUAAAUUUUAAUUCCGCUGAAAGAUUCAAAAAGAUUACAAGAGCAAUUGAAAAACUCUAAAAAUUAGAAAUACUAAAAUUAGAUUGUUCAUCAAAUUAUAUUGGAAAUGAAAUAGCUAAAGUUAUAUCAAAUUCUUUAGAAAAAAACAUUAAUCUUAAAGAGCUCGAUCUUAAUUUGGACUAUAGUAAAAUAGAAGAUGAAGGAGCUUUCUAUAUUGGAGAUGCGUUAACUAAAUUAUAAAAUAUUUAAAUAUUAAAACUUUCAUUAAGUUGUAAUCAAAUUGGAGUUAAAGGUGCUUAAAAAAUAAUAAAAGAUUUAGAAAAUAAUAAAAAAAUUUAAGAUCUUCAUAUAAACUUAAGCAAUUCUAAUGAAAUUUGCAAAUCAGUUAUAGUUGCUUCUUUGAAAUAAACUUAUGAAAGUUUCUCUUAAAUAAAAAAUUUAAAUAUCAAAUGUAAUUAAAAGAAAACUUGUGUUGUUUAAAAUAGAAUUUAUUUAAACAAACAAUUAAUUAAGCAAAUUAAUAUAUUUGUAUUUCUUAUCACUUUAAAUCUCUUAAAAAUAAAAGAAGUUUUAAAUAUUGUAAUUAUUUGUAUAUUAAUAUAUAUAAUAUAUAUUUCUGUGUGUCUAAUUUGCAUAAAAAUAUAUUUGAGCAUAUAAAAUUCAAAACAUAAUAACUAAUUUAACGAUUGGAGAAUAUAUUUAUAGUUUGAGGUAUCUAUAUAUUAAUCAAUUAAUUGUUAUCUAUUUAUCAGUUUUUACCUAUUUUUACAGUUUUAUUUGCCAUCUAAUUAAUAUAUUUAUCUAACUUUCUAUUUUUACAAUUUUUUGAUUUAGAAAUGA